AUGCAUAUCCAAUCGAUUCCCAUGUGGACAGGGAAAGGCAACAACUAUGCGUACCUCGUAACGGACGAGUCGACCAAGCAGUCGGUUAUCAUUGAUCCCGCCAAUCCUCCAGAGGUUGCCCCGGAACUCAAAACUCAGAUUGCUUCUGGCAAGAUUGACCUGACGGCUAUUGUAAACACCCACCACCAUUGGGAUCAUGCUGGCGGCAAUCAUGACAUUUUGAAAGAAUUCAAGGGCCUUCAGGUCAUCGGUGGCAAGGACUGCCCAUCUGUCACCAAGACUCCCACUCAUGGAGAAGAGUUCAAGAUCGGAGACCGUAUCUCAGUGAAGGCCUUGCAUACUCCUUGUCAUACGCAAGACAGUAUUUGCUACUAUAUGCAAGAUGGAGACGAGCGUGUUGUUUUCACAGGCGAUACUCUCUUUAUUGGUGGAUGUGGCCGUUUCUUUGAAGGAAGUGCGAAGGAGAUGCACAAAGCCUUGAACGAGACCCUCGCCGCUCUGCCUGACGAUACCAAGGUUUAUCCCGGUCAUGAGUAUACCAAGGCCAAUGUCAAGUUCUGCAUUGCAGUAUCGCAGACAGAGCCUAUCAAAAAGCUCCAGGCAUUUGCGGAGAAGAACAAGGAGACACAGGGGAAAUUCACCAUCGGCGACGAGAAGCUCCACAAUGUGUUCAUGCGUGUCAAUAACUAUGGAGGGGCGAGUGAUUCGGAGGUUCAGAAUCAUCUGGAGGUUGUAUUCUAUCCCGACUCCAACCACCGUCGCAAGUCCUCCCUUGUUACGAUGGACAAGCCGAGGAUUCAACCUCACCCAGCUCAGAAUGACAGGACGACCGCUUGCUACGUCCAUUCCCUUAUUGCGAGCGAGUGGACAUCACCCCCACACUACUUGAAAGAUAGAGAAGGUACGGAAGAUGCGAUACAGACAUUUAACGAGAUCGAGACGAAGCCCGUGACAAAUACCAAAGGUAUCGAGCCAGAGGAGCUGGUCUCGGUGGUCGACCGUGACAACAAACCGUUACCCACAAUCAUCGAAUCCCGGCACCUCACGAAAAGACAGUUAUCAGACAUGGCCUGGAAUGUGCGCAAGCUGUCCAAGAAGCUUGGCAGCAUCAAGCUAAGGCUCACUGUGAAGAAUAUCUUCAUAGUAAGCAAGGCGCAGGACCAGUCUCUGGUAAGCCUGACUCGAAAGGUUACAAGGUGGCUACUCUCCAAGGACCGGGACUCUCCGUACGUGGUCUAUGUCGAGCGGCGGCUCGAGACGAAUGCGGACUUUGGUGCAUUGCAACUGGUUCAAGAUGAGCCAUCCGCCGAGGGCCGGCUCAAGUACUGGGAUCCCAAGCUUGCGCAAGAACAGCCGCAUUUAUUUGAUUUUGUUAUCACACUUGGUGGAGACGGAACCGUUCUAUACACGAGCUGGCUGUUCCAACGCAUCGUGCCGCCUGUGCUCUCCUUUGCGCUGGGAUCGCUGGGCUUCUUAACAAAUUUCAAUUUUGCGGAUUAUCAGAAUAGCCUGAAUAACGCUUUCCGGGAUGGCGUUUUCGUCAGCCUCCGGCUACGGUUCGAAUGCACCAUUAUGCGCAGCAAAGCGCGAAUGAGAGACCCGCAUUCUCGUUCUUUAUCAGACCGUGACCUGGUAGAGGAAUUGAUCGGGGAGGAAGGGGAGGACACAUUGACGCACACCCCAGAUAAAGUGUACGAGAUUCUCAACGAUGUGGUCCUCGACCGGGGGCCAAACCCAACCAUGUCUCAAAUCGAACUCUUCGGGGACGAUGAGCAUUUCACCACACUGCUUGCUGACGGAAUCUGCAUUGCUACCCCAACCGGAUCAACUGCUUACAACCUCGCCGCUGGCGGCUCUCUUUCGCACCCGGAAAACCCUGUCAUCCUUGUCACUGCCAUCUGUGCCCAUACGCUGUCCUUUCGGCCGAUCAUUCUACCAGACACCAUUGUCUUGCGCAUGGGUGUGCCGUAUGAUGCACGCACGAGCUCAUGGGCUAGCUUUGAUGGACGAGAGAGAAUCGAGUUACACCCUGGUGACUAUGUCACCGUGUCAGCCUCGAGAUAUCCUUUUGCCAAUGUCCUCCCUCCCGGUGGGCAGGGUGAGGGCUGGGUGCACAGCAUCUCCAAGACUUUGAAUUGGAAUUCGCGACAAAAGCAGAAGAGCUUCAAGUAG